GUACGUUCCCAAUGAAAGAUCACCCAACACUUAAAUACAUACAUCCCUACUCUAUCAAUUUUAAGGGCACAACCGUCUAGUCAUCCUCCUCUCUUUCCCGCUUUGUUCUACUCGUAAAAGCCUCUUCCUUCCUCGUUAAACCUCUCAUUUUUUAAAACCCCUGUUUCCUUUCUCUAUCCGCGGAAUUACAGAUCGAGCUUACCAUUACCGAGUCGAAAUUAUCCAACUCGGGCCAAUUCAAAGCCCAGACAUUUGUUGUUGCACGAUAAACCUAGGAUUUGGAUUGUUUCUGAUUUGCCGCCGGAAUAAUGCCUAGUGUUUACGAUAACUGGGAGAGGCUGGUGAGAGCCACCUUGAACAGUGAACAACUGAGAACUGCUUUCCAAGGCUAUGAGAGAAGUCCCAGCGGCAUUGCCGGAACUGUGCCACCUUCGCUCCGAACAACCAACAUUGAUGCCAUCUUACAGGCUGCCGAUGAGAUUCAGUAUGAGAACCCCAUCGUCGCCAGAAUAAUGUGUGAGCAGGCGUUUUUCAUGGCACAAAACUUGGACCCAAAGAGUGACGGUCGUGGUGUUCUCCUAUUCAAGACUGGUUUGAUGUCUGCGAUUAAGCAAAAACUUGCCAAAAGGGAUGGUGCCCAAAUAGAUCACAGUCAUGACAUUGAACACCUGUGGGAAUUUUACCAAAGUUACAAGAGAAGGCAUAAAGUGGAUGAUAUCCAAAGAGGGAAUCAAAAGUGGGUGGAAUUAAGAUCUCUGGAGAUGAAAAAAGUAUUUGCUACCUUGAGGGCCUUAGUGGAGGUCAUGGAGGCACUUAGCAAAGAUGAAAAUUCUGAUGGUGUUGGAUGACUUAUUAGGGAGGAGGUAGUUAUCUAUACCUGCCUUAGAUAUGAAAUAUUAAGUUCUACAGUAGUUUUCACAUCUUUGAACAUGUUAGAUAGAAGAUUAGGU